AUGGCGGUUGAUCAAAAUUUACCGAUUGUAACACCUUCAACAAUAUCUUCAUCAUCAGCAUCAUCACCAAUAUCAUUACGGAAAUCUCGUGCACUCAUAGCUACAAAUAAUAGUUCAGCAUUUAUUCAAUUUCCUAAUAGUCCUCGUCGAUCAUCAUCAUUUAUUCCAAUACAUCGCCCACAAGCAAGUCCUUUAUCAACACCAAUAUCGUUAAUUCGAACAAAUACACAAUCAAUAUCAAAUGCUCCUUCAUCAAGUACUGUCAGUGAUGAACAUAAACGUACUCAUUCUCAACAUGGAUCGAAUCCUAUAUUAAACAAUCCUUUAUUAAAUCAUCGAAAAGAAAAACCGAAACCAUUUCGACAAAAUUUUUCAACGGAUUUAUCUUAUACAACCAAACUUAAUCCAUCAGGAAAACAAUUAUCAAAUAAUAAUCAAACUGAAAUUAUUAAUAAUCAACAACAACAGCAAAUGUCUUAUUUUGAUAAAACAAAAUAUGAUUAUAUAACACGUUGGUUAGAUGAAGUUUGUUCAGCAACUUAUUCGUUGAAAACAUAUACUAAACUUAAAUCUCAAAAAAAGAAACUGUCAUAA